AUGUUGGGUGCAGGAAAAGAGACCACGAGCAGUGCUCUCUGUUGGUUCUUUUAUAUGCUUGCGGAAAACCCAAGCGUGGAAGAUAAGAUUCUGGAAGAGAUUCACAAACAUUUGGAGGUAAAAGUGGGUGAGAGAUGGAAAGCAGAAGAGUUAAAUGACAUGGUUUACCUUCAAGGAGCAUUAUGUGAAUCUUUAAGGCUUUUUCCUCCUGUUCCAUUUAACCACAAAUCUCCAUUACAACCAGACAUCCUUCCAAGUGGCCACAAAGUGGAUCAAAACACCAAAAUCAUUCUUUGUAUGUAUUCCAUGGGAAGGAUGAAAUCAGUAUGGGGUGAGGACUGUAUGGAGUUUAAGCCCGAAAGGUGGAUUACGAAGAGUGGAGGAAUCAAACAUGAGGCAACUUACAAAUUCGCAACAUUUAAUGCUGGUCCAAGAACAUGUGUGGGUAAGAACAUGGCUUUAUCUCAGAUGAAGAUAGUGGCUACUGCGCUCAUUUACCAUUAUCAUAUUGAGGUGGUAGAAGGUCAUCGCGUACUUCCAGCGGGUUCUAUGGUGCUUCAGAUGAAGCAUGGUCUCAAGGUGAGUUUAAUUAAAAGAAGUCAAAACAUGAACUAA